AUAGUAGUAUAUAGUCUACUAUACCACGUGUGGGGAUGAACCAAUUCUAAAAUUAUUAUCUUGAUGCGUUCAUUGCUUGACCACAGGCUGUGACCAUGCUGCGACCAUAGAUUAUGCAAUAGUACAGCCCUGUACUUAGAUUACCUUACAUUAUAAACCAAACCCUACACUUGGCAUGACAUUUACUCUAACCUGAAAUCAAAUUUUAAACUUUCACGCCUUCGAAAAUUUUAAGUAAGAAAAACAAAUUCAAAAAAUGUUUGUCUUGGCAGAAAUGGAAAACGUGACAAGGAUUUUACCAGAACAAUUUGAUAUCAAAUUGAAUGAUGCAAUAGCCGGCGAAUUAAACAAGAAACUUGCAAACAAGGUUGUCCUAGAUGUUGGAUUGUGCAUUGCUUUAUUUGAUAUCACGAAACUGCAAGAUUCCUUUAUAUUUCCUGGUGAUGGAUCAUCACAUACAAGGGUUACAUUUCGAUACAUUGUAUUUAGACCAUUUAUUGAAGAAAUCCUCUUAGGAAAAAUAAGAUGUUGCAGUGAAGAAGGAGUCCAUGUUUCACUGGGAUUUUUUGAUGACAUUAUAAUCCCUCCAACUGCACUUCAGCAUCCAUCUAGAUUUGAUGAAACUGAACAGGCCUGGGUUUGGGAGUAUGAAACUGGUGAAGGUAAACAUGACUUAUUUAUGGAUGCUGGAGAAACAAUAAGGUUUCGAGUGACAGCAGAGUCCUUCAAAGAGACCUGCCCAACCCAGCCACAACAGAACAUGAUGAAAGUUGAAAAUGCUGAUGUAUCGAAUGAAGCAAAAGUACCUUAUACAUUAACAGGUAGCAUCAAUGAACCAGGACUUGGAUUACUGUCAUGGUGGGAAAAUUAAUCUUUACAUAUUGG